AUUGAUGGCUCAACAAGCGAUGGCAAAGUGGUAUUUCUUUCUCAGUCUGUUACUUUGCUGCGGACACAGAUGCCUUGCUUUAGCGCAUGCUCCGAUACUAUGGAGCACCAAAUCUCAUCGUUGCUCGGGUAGAUUUCCUUUCGCUACCCAUCCGGAAUUGAUCCGCGAGCAAGAAUGUGUCCAAUCUUUGCGAUCACGCUUUCUUUCAUCUCGGCUAGCUAUUUCUCCCACCGAAUCAUUUGAUGAAUAUACAAGCGUACGAAAAGUAGAGGGUCGCAGGAAGCGGGUGAAGGUCGGCUACCGCGUUGUUUCGAUGGGGUAUGCAAUUUUCAGCUGUUUAGUCUUGAGAGGGGGGCUCAAUGCGCUGACGGCGUACGCACUCUCUGGCCCGGUAAUGGCAGCAGGUAUUUCGUAUAUAUUAGUGGGAGCUGUUCGAAACGAUCGACUUUCGAGCGACACUUACAAACGAUUGAACUUGGCCUUGAUCUUGUACGGGUUUUGCGGGUGCCUGUCGGCGUAUUUUAUGCCAAGAUUUCGUACGGCAGCAUGGAUGGUGCCGAGCUUUGUUGCUGUUGUUAACUCCGUCAAGGGGUAUUGCUAUGGCGUCAAGGGCUGGAAGUUGGAGUCUUCGUCAGUGAUCGGUGAUAUUGUUCAUGGGACAAGGGAUAGCUUUCGCAUCCUCCUCGAAAAGCCGAAGAAUGCAAGCUCAGCUGGAUACCUUAUUGUAACGCUAUUUAGCGUUGUUUUCGCUCUGUUAAAGCUCGGAAAUGUGGCCGACUUAGCUCUGAAGAAAGCGGUACCGUUCUCAAUCGGAGCUCGAUUGCUGCGGUUCUCAAAGCUAGCGAUGCUUACUACAGUGUCUCUUACGCUGAAAGAUGCAGCAGAUCGGGAUCGGCUGGAAGGAUCUACUUUUAUUCAAUUGAACAUAUUAACUUCGGCCAUGUUUGGCGCAAUGGCUGGUACGUUCCUCGAUUCGCUGAGUUCAGAGUAA